AAGGACUGAGAUUGUCCCUCAGUGGAUGCUGAAGGUUACCGCGUGCGUAAAGCGCGCGCUCGGAUGCUGCGCUCACACGCGCAUUGCUCACACUCCGCUUGGACUCUCAAACGGAUAUGGGUUGCUCCUGCUAAGUGCAGUUUAAAACCUCCACAAAAUCAAGAAAGGCAUAUUUACAUCAUGUUCACCUUCUUUUAAUCACCAAAAUGAAAUCACCCCGUGGAAGUAGCCUAGUGUUCGUGCUCGCCGGUUUACAGUGGUUGUAUCCACCCGUGGAGCUGUAAUUGAGACAGAAGAGAAAUACAGUUACAGUCGCUCGGAUGGACAAGUGUAUCCGAUGGAGAAAAGUGGAUUUAAAAUAUAAGAAACGGAAUACUUCCGCUCUUUGGAUGAAAGCUGCGGUUUGAGAGUCUCAGCUUGGCUUCAACCAUCUGAUGGAAGUCUUCACGGAGUAUGCCUAUAAUGAGAGCUUCUUUGAAAAUGGAUCCCGGGACUUCAAUGCCACGGAAGAAGGGGGGCGGCAUCAGUACAAUUAUUACGCCAUGCUUCUCACGCUGCUCAUUUUCGUCAUUGUCUUCGGCAACGUGCUGGUGUGUAUAGCCGUCUCUAGGGAGAAAGCCCUGCAGACCACCACCAACUACCUGAUAGUCAGCCUGGCUGUGGCUGAUCUGCUAGUCGCCACACUUGUGAUGCCAUGGGUGGUUUACCUCGAGGUGGUGGGAGAGUGGCGAUUCAGCACAAUCCAUUGUGACAUCUUUGUCACCCUGGACGUGAUGAUGUGUACAGCAAGCAUACUCAAUCUAUGUGCCAUCAGUAUCGACAGGUACACAGCUGUAGCCAUGCCUAUGUUAUACAACACACGCUACAGCUCCAAGAGGAGGGUCACAGUCAUGAUUUCUGUCGUUUGGAUUCUGUCUUUUGCUAUAUCAUGUCCACUGCUGUUUGGACUCAAUAAUACUGACACCCAUGACGAUGCUCUGUGUGUUAUCGCAAACCCUGCCUUUGUAGUGUACUCCUCCAUCGUAUCCUUCUAUGUUCCUUUCAUAAUAACGCUGCUAGUAUAUGUGCAGAUCUACGUGGUACUGCGAAAGAGACGGAAACGUGUCAACACUAAACGCACAUGCCCAGUAACGGACAUGGAUAUGAGCUCGACUUUAAAGAAAUGCACUCACCCUGAUGAUGUGAAACUGUGCACUGUGAUCGUCAAGUCCAGCGGGAAUUUUCCUGUGAACAACAAAAACGUGAUCUUCAUAAAGGAGGUGGUAAACAAUGGGGACGACAUCCAAAUGGAUGAGAUCACAAACUUAAACCCUCCGAAACAGAAGAAGCAGGAUCAGUCCGCUGCAGGUCAACAACACAGCAGGCUGGUUAGCUCUAAUGUGAGAGAGACUGACAUAUCACCCCCAUCGCCUGAAGCUGGUGUCAAACCUGAAAGAAAUGGCAACACCAGCAAUAUCACAAAAGUGACCAAAGCAUUUGAGAUCCAGGUCUCCCCCACUGGCAAAACACAGACAUCGGUCAAAACUCUUAACAAACGUAAAAUCUCCCAGCAGAAGGAGAAGAAGGCCACUCAGAUGUUAGCUAUUGUCCUUGGUGUAUUCAUCAUCUGCUGGCUGCCGUUCUUCAUCACACACAUUGUGAACACUUACUGGCAAGUCCCUCCUGAACUCUACACUGCCUUUACGUGGUUGGGCUACGUGAACAGUGCAGUCAAUCCCAUCAUAUACACCACUUUCAACAUUGAGUUUCGCAAAGCUUUUAUUAAGAUUCUACACUGUUGAGAGAGAACUCGCUUCAAUGGAGCAGAAGGGAUGGAAAUAAUACCUCAUCUACAGUGGAAACACUGUAAAACUUUAUUUAAAGAAUCAAAAUCAGAUCCCAUGCGGACUAUGGCCUGGGGGCGACAUCGCUUGCAUUUCACUGAGAUUAAAACUAAAGGAAUGUAUAUAAAUUGUCUGUAUUAUAAAAAUGAUUUUGUUCCAAGAUCAUAUCGCCCAAAAAAGAAAAGAAAAAUGCAUAUAAAAUCCCUGGGGGAGAUGGCUUUUCAAGCAGUAUCUUCAGCACAGACAAAGAUUCUUGUUUGGAAUACAACUUCAAGCAAUGCCUUUGCUUAUCUGUUUGUAAGUAUUAUUUUUUUGAUUUGAUUAUUUGCUCAUAAACUAAAUGCAGCUACAGUAGGUUGAAAUUUUAAAUCGUGGUAGGACAUGCAGUACUGUGAUACAAACAGAUGCUUUGUAGUAGCCAAUAGGCCAUGCAUUGCAUGGAGGUUGUAAUUUAUUUCUGUUGAAAAGCUUAUUGAUGCCAGUCAUUUCUGCAACGUUAUGUUAUGUCCCACAUUUAUAAAAUGUUUGUUAGAUGUUCUCUCAGCAACUAACAGCAGGCAGAAACCUUAAUACAUUCAGCCAGGUCAUUUCUGUACAAAUAUCAAAGAAUUUGUGCCACGCCUACAGCAAAGUGGAUUUAACAUUUUUAAAAAAGAAAAAAGCAAAGUAUAUAAUUUCAGUAAAAUGCUGAGAUUUUCAAACAUAACCUUGACCGUCGUUUGUCAACCUUUCCGAUGGAAGCAUUUACCAUUUCGGUUCCUUUUUUGUCUUGGUGGAAGAUAAGAUAAUACUGACGGAGUAAAAGGGGAGAAUAAGGAUGAACUGCAUGCAGUCCCUGAUGAUUGGUUUGUGUGGAUUGACGAGAGCAUCAGCCAAAUGUGUCAGCAAAAUGAGUGUAAAUUUAAUUUAAGGUUCCAUUUGACUAUUUAUUAUGUUUAUAUACGUAGCUUUUCAUGCUUUAUAUGACACACCUUGAAUGUGAUGGGCCUGCCGUUGCAAUGUAAUGCAUGUUCUCAUGAGAUGUAUGUUGCACAGUUAUAUAGGAUUAUAUGAAUAAAGUAAUUGUGCACUGGUGGUUUACCGUA